AUGAGAUUGCGACCAUUAAAACGUCGUGCAUUUUUCCUUAACGUGUUAACAGUAAUAGGCGCAUACUGGGUUAUUUCUACGUUAGUAACUUAUUGGAAAAACCAGCCUGAUUUAUCAGUUAAUUUAUAUGAAGCGGAUAAAGGAAAAGAACCAAGGUCGCUGCAGCCAGAGCGAAAUCGAGAAAUAAUGCAACGAAAUGGCGAAUCCACAAAUCAAAAUAAUAUCCCGCAAGCGCAAAUAAUUUACAGUGAAUAUAGCCCAAUAUACAGAAAAGGUGAUCCGAAUCAAGCAGGCGAAUCAGGUCGUCCAGUUAUCAUCUCGAAGGAGGUUAUAGUUACCAGAUUAUCACCUAAUGAGCGCAAAAAAUACGAUGAAUUCUUCGAAAGGAAUUCCUUUAACGAAUAUGCGUCGAAUUUGAUCUCAAUUCAUCGAUCCUUGCCAAAUCUUAGAGAUGAAAUGUGCGAAUUAUAA